UCUCAAAGGAGCAGCAGAGGAAGAAGGAGAACAGCAUUCUCAAAAGCUAAGAGCAGGAAGCUUAUAUAUAUACUGUAUAUAUACUGCAUAGAAAAAAAUAUCCUUCAGGCUGAAGAAAUGUUCCAGUGGAGCUGCAGCAUCAUUGUGUUUCUCUCGUUUUGUCCAACCUCCAUCAGAAAAGCAAACUGUGCGCCUGUAUAUGACACUGAGGGACAAAAAGGCUCGCAGAGACGCCUCCUGAUCGAGGAAGAUCUCGCCAACAUUAACGGCACCGACACCCGAAGUCUUACCAAUGUAGACAACACGCCGAAGUCGAUAGAAUGGUCCUAUUUGGCCGCCGGACUGGGCACAGCUCUCGCUAUAUCGCUGGUUAUUGUGACGGCCGUCAAGUUCCGUGUCUUCCAUCGCUUCCUGGCGAGCUACCGACACUCCCUGCUGGAGGAGGCUGACGGAGUCAGCCAGUACGGUCAAGAAGAGGUGACCUUUCCAAGCAGUGUGUCAGGGAGAAUGGGAGCCCUGCGAGGGACCAUCGGCACACUAGAGGAAGAUGAUGACGGCUUCAUUGAAGAUAAUUACAUCCAGACCAGUGAGAAAGACCGCGCCGCGAGAGAAGAUGAGGAGGAGGAGGAGUAUGGGAUAGAGGACAGUGAUGAUGAUCUGCAGUUCACAAUAGGGUGAGAUGGAGGAGCAGACCACAAAUCCCAAGCCCCAACGGACUGAGCCGCUAUUAUAACUUCUUCUUCUGCAAGUCUCCCGGGGAACUUGUCCAUUCAUGUCGGUGUUGAAGAGGAGCGUGGUUCACAAAAUCCAGACACUAACCACAUUGUCGGGACUCAUCUCAUGUUUCUCAUUUAUCCUCAUUUAGCCAAUGAUUCAUUCUACUGUGAUCAUGCUGAGAAUCUUUUGUGAACUUGAUUAUUGUGUGGAUGCAGGGAACCCAGUUAUGUGAAAUUACUUUGCUGGAUCAUGUCUUUUCUCACUCGAUAUUUUCUUUUACAUUGAUGUAUUGGUAUUUGCAUGCAAUGUAUGGCACCUUAAGGGGCCAGGCGGGGACAUUUAAUAUACGCACAGAAGUGGAAUUUGAACACAAGACGCAUACAUUUGAAGUAUAAAUCAAACUCGACAGACGCAGGCCUGUACUCACACUGAGUGUGACAGUUUUAUAUAUUAGCUAGGAACUUUCUCAAUAAAAAUACAGACAUUAGUUUGCAUACUGAUGUUGCGUAUUAAUGAAUGUACAUGCAAAACAUGAAAACAUUGUCAGAUCAUUCUAGAGCUUUGCACACAACUGAGAACUUCAGUACUUGUAUUGUAUUGACUAACAAAAUACUAAAGUAGUAUUUGAAUGUUAAAUGAUUACGUGUUACAGUGGACCCUCAGAAUAUAGAUGGUUCAGCUGUGAAUAACUCAGAA